ACUAAUGCAAGCAUAAAUUAUAUAAAAAAAUAACAUUGCCAAAGAUCCAAACGUUUUUUCCUACAAAUUGUUGCAAAUAUUAUUUUUGACAUUCACAAUUUAAAGGAAACCUAACAGCUGUUCAGAGUGUAAGCAAGCAGGUAAGAAGCAGAGAACGGAACGUGCAAGCGAAACAUCAAUUCUGAGCCGCAAUUACAUAAAUAAAAUAAAAACCUUAUUACCGGUGGUUACAUAUUUAUAACGUAUUUCUGACACAAAAAGCAUAUUUUCGGCCGCGCCACAGCAAACGGUCAGCAAGCAAAGUCGGUGGGGAAAAGUAUGAUCAGGCAUCGUUACUUUGAUGUACAACUGAAAUUUCGUGAUUUAGAUUCUGUUGUACUCACACCUGUAUUUUUUCGUGGCUGCGUGCAAAAUUCACUGGAGCGAUUCUUUGGCCAAAUUGGUGGAGAUACAACAUUGGAAAUCAUCAAAUUUAGCGCCGAGCAGCAACGCGUUGUAUUCCGAGUACCUGAAGAAUUCUACGAACGCACCCGGGCAUCAAUUACAUUAAUUGGGCAAUAUCAGGAAGUACCGUGUCACUUUCGUGUGCUCAAAACCUCAAAGACGCCGCUGGACUUCAUCAAAGAAGGCGAAAACGAAAAUUGUGAAGAAAUCUAG